AUGUCGACCAAGUCAACCCCUUCCAUCUCCCUUCAUGGCAAAGCCUACCACCUCCCAAAGCAGCCUACGGUCGUGGUCUGUAUCGACGGUUUUGACCCCGAGUAUCUCCAAGCCGGGAUCGAUGAUGGAAUCCUACCAAACAUGGCCGCCUUUCUCAAGAACGGAUUCCAUCAAACCGCACACUGUGCUAUGCCCUCCUUGACAAACCCGAACAACCUCUCUAUCAUCACCGGUGCCCCCACCAGCGUCCACGGAGUCUCUGGGAAUUACUACCUGGACAAAGAGACCGGCAAAGAACAUAUGAUCGUGGAUGAUUCCAUGAUGCGAGGCACGACAAUCCUGGCAAAACUGGCGGAUGCCGGUGUUCGCGUGGCUGCAAUUACAGCCAAGGAUAAGCUGAGACGUAUCAUUCAACACGGGUUAUCUCCCGAGAAAGGCUCUAUUUGCUUCUCUGCUCAAUGUGCCAAUGAGUGCACCGAGGGUGAGCAUGGAAUUCAAGAUGUUGAACGGUGGCUUGGACAGGCUGCGCCGGCGCAAUACUCGGGGCAAUUGUCUCUAUUUGUACUCGAUGCGGGAUUGAAGCUGUUGCGUGAGGAGCGGGCGGAUCUGUUCUACCUCACGCUCUCUGAUUAUAUUCAGCAUAAACAUGCCCCUGGGUCUCGUGAGGCGAACGAGUUCAUGAAGGCUAUUGAUACCCGACUGGGCGAUUUUGUCAAAUCAGGAGCCGUGGUGGCUGUGACUGGGGACCAUGGGAUGAGUGACAAGUCUGACGAGAAGGGGAGCCCCAAUGUGGUGUUUCUUGAAGAUAUCUUGCAUUCAAAGUGGCCAGGUUGUGGUGCCAGAGUCAUCUGUCCUAUUUCGGACCCCUUCGUCAAGCAUCAUGGGGCACUUGGUGGCUUUGUUCGUGUACACUUGACCGAGAAAUCUGCUCUCGCGGAGAUGAUCACGGAUUGUCGAAGGAUUCCUGGGGUUGAAGUCGCUCUCACGGGCGAGGAAGCUGCUUCGAUGUAUGAGAUGCCGCUUGAUCGUGAAGGUGAUAUGGUCGUGAUUUCCACGAAAGAUUUUGUCGUUGGAGGUAGACGUGAGGAACACGAUCUAUCCCAGCUUGGUGGCCACAGACUGCGGUCCCAUGGAGGUCUAUCGGAGCAACAGAUCCCAUUGCUGAGGUCAACAUCUGUUGAGCCAAAGGAUGUGUCCUCGACAAAGACGUGGAGAAAUUUCGAUAUUUUUGAUCUUGUUCUGAAUUAUUAG